GUGGAGGAAACCAUCCUCUGCUGGUUCCCUACGACACACUGACUGCCAAAGAGAAAUCCAAAGAUAGAGAAAAAGCACAAGACAUCCUCAAGUUCCUGCAGAUCAAUGGAUACACUGCUUCCAGAGGGGUGAAGUCACAGGAGCUUGACACUCCAGCGAUAGAGAAGCGGUUCGCCUACACCUUCCUCCAGCAGCUCAUCACAUACGUAGACCAGGCACACCAACACAUGAUGGAGUUCGAUGUGGGAACAAGACCAAAGGGAGAGAAGAUUCCUCAUGAACAACAGAUAAAGUUCUUUGGAAAG